GUCUCUUUAAGUCAGAAAGUCAUUCUUGACAGUACAAAAGUUUUGUGGAAGCGGAGCUAAUUUGUGUUUUAAAAGUUUUGUAAAGGCGGAGCUAAUUUGUGUUUUAAAUAAUGGAAGCAAAGCAAUUGUUGGCUGAAAGUUGUGCAAAGGUGGACAUCUUAGAGAUGAAGAAGGCAUUGAUCCCAAAUCCUUCUGCCGAAGAGGAUGCAGUUGCUGUAAUUCCGCUCGCAGAUAAUUUGAAGAAAACUGCUAUGGGCGGGGAAAAUAAAAGCGAUGAGAAGGGAACUGUUUCUUCUGAGCCAAAGGCUCUCAGUGAUCAAAUCACAUCUUCUAUGCGUGUUACCAAAAACAAAAUCGCCGAUGAUAAAUCUUCUGACGUUAUCACUGAUGACGCAACCAAUGGCCGUAAGAAGCAAAAGAAAAAUAAAAAGGCAAAAAUUCGCCCGUUGACCAUGCCCGUGACCUCCAAGGAUGCCCUUAUGGUUUUGAAUGAGUUAAAGGGCGUGACAGUCGACAAUAUGCAAAUAAAACGAGACCACGAGGGAAAGAUUAUGGCUCGCGUUGUUGUUAACUCAAAGAAAUACGAAGCCGAGGGUUCUUCAGUAAACUCUGCAAGGAAUGCAGCUUGCGAGAAGGCACUGCAGGAAAUCCUAACCACCAAAAUGAAAGCUGUGUUGGACGGGCCAGGAAAGAGCUUGGAAAGCGAUGAGGAUGAUAUACUCGAAAAGAUGGCCUCUUAUGCCAUUCACAAACUUGGUGAGGAAUGGAAGACCGAUGAUAUUGAUGUCGCAACCCUGUAUAAUGACUUGAAGAACAAGCAGACGUCUGUUGUCGAGCCAAAGAAGCCGUUGCCCGAAACAUGGAAGAAUAUGCACCCUUGCAUGGUUCUUAACUAUAUGCGCCCCCAGUGCACCUUUAUAGUUUCAGGUGGCACUGGUACAAACCAGAAUAAUACUUUCUCCAUGAGCGUCUGUGUGGACAACUGCGAGUUUAAUGCUGAAGGGCCAUCCAAGAAGGCAGCCCGUUACAAACUAUCCGCUUUAGUUUGUAACAAACUAUUUGGAACCGACUAUCCACAAAAAUAAACGAAAACAUCACAUGAUUCUGGGCACCCGGUAGUACUUUAAAACGUAUUAGCGGCAUUCCCCACAAACUACACGAAAUACUGACUUGAAGAAAAAAAAAAAAAAUAAUACAUUGCAACAAAUAACACUUUUCAUUGAAUUAAUUUGUAUCGUAAAUAAAACGAAUAAAACUUAAACCACUUC